AGCCCCGCAGGUGGCAGCCGGGCAUCCAGAACCCGCAGCGGGGGAUGGUGGUCUGGGUGGUGCCCGAGACCCUCGAGGUGACCGUGACCCUGUACCGGGACCCCCAGGCCGCCACCUUCGAUGACAAAUCCUGGAACUUCCUCGUGGUGAACGAGUCGCGGGGGCGGCGCUCGGUGGUGGCCGCGGCCCCGCUGGAGCUGGGGAGGCUGGCGGGGGUCGGGGAGACCCCCCUGAACCUGACCCUGCGCCCCAGGAGCCGCCGGGUGACAGCGGCGACACUGAGGCUGCGACUGCGGGGGGUCGUGCUCAGGGAGGGACACCCCACGGACGAGGACAUGCAGAGUGUCACCAGCCUGAGCCCCCCCGGGGACGUGGCCGACCUGGGGGACUUCGAGAGUGACCCCUCAUUGGGGACACGGAGGGACCCCCCGGAGCCGGGGGGGGACUCGGAGCCCCCCCCUGAAAUCACCGCGGGUCCCCCCGGGGGUCGCGGGGCGCUCCUGGCCUGGUGCCAGGGGGUGACGGCCGGGUACCGGGGGGUCGCGGUCACCGAUUUCGGGGGGUCCUGGAGCAGCGGGUUGGGGUUCUGCGCCCUCCUGCACCGGCUGAGACCCCGGGAAAUCGACUUCGAUGCUCUGGACCCCCGGGACCACCGGGGCAACAACAAACGGGGGGGACCCAGGGAGGCCCCCCCAGAGACCCCCCCGGACCCCCGGAGUGACGUCAGCGAGGGGGGACCCCAAAUGAGCCCCCCAGAGACUCCCCCGGACCCCCGGAGUGACGUCAGCGAGGGGGGACCCCAGGAGACCCUCCCAGAGACCCCCCUGGACCCCCGGAGCGGCUCCAUUGAGGAGGGGACACCCCCGGAAUCACGGAGUGACGUCACCGAGGGGGGGCCUCAAACGACCCCCCCGGGGACCCCCCCGCCGCCCCCGAGUGGCUCCAGCGAGGAGGGGCCUCAAGAGCCCCCCGGAGACCCCCAGACCCCCCCAGAGACCCAAACCGGGACCCCCCCGGAACCCCAAAUCAGCGUCACCGAGGGGGGGCCCCAAGAGACCCCCGCGGACUCCCGGGGUGACGUCACCGAGGGGGAACCCCAAGAGACCCCCGCGGACCCCCGCAGUGACGUCACCGAGGGGGAACCCCAAGAGAUCCCCCCGGACCCCCCCCAGCCCUGCCCCACCGAGAGGGGGGCGCCCCCAGACCCCCAGCCCCCCCCAGACCCCCCCCACCCACACAAUUGA